CUUCGCCAACCACCAGCUCCUCCGUCUCCGCCAUCCACCGUCGAAGAAAUUGUGGCCACCAUUUUCCAGGAACCCUAGCCAUCCUCACAAACCCUAACAGACCUGAAUAAUCGAGAACCCCGUUUAGAUUUGGGAAAUCUGUCUGAGCUUCGCUGAUCGCGAGCUUCUGGAGACGAAUUCUCCGGCCGCGAAUCCCCAGUCACCUUUCAUCUCAAAACCCUAAUUUCGAAGCUACUAUCUGUCAAGCUUCAAAAAAAUUGGAGUUUCAGUCGAGCAUUUUGUUGUCACUCGCGAAACUCUUGCGGAUGCAGUGAAUUUCUUCCAGAGCUCGUUUUGUGAUCGAAUGUCUGUUACUUCUUUCCUUCUUAAUAUUAGUUAGAAUAUUCUUAACUUAAUAGUGAAUAAGUGGAACUAUGGAGAUCGAUCCUCCACAUGAAAGUGAUGGAAGCACCAAUGAAUCAAAGGAAAGUGAGAUUCAUUUGCUACCCGGUAAUCAUUCAGGUUAUGGUUUGCCAUAUGCUCCUGAGGAUUUCCCUGAACCUGGUGAUAAGUGGGGUUGGAAGGUGGGGAAGAGAGUUGGUGUUUCGGGACACUAUCUCGACAGAUAUCUUUAUCUUCCUGUUCGUCUUCAUGAAAAAUUUAAGUUAGGGGGUUUUGCUAGCAUCACUAGCAGCAGGGGUUUUGCUAGUAAGACUUCGGUUGAACGCUUCGUGAUGGAAGCUUUUCCUGCAACGGAUAUCAAGGCCUUCUUUGCCUCCUUUACAUGGAAGAUUCCAGCUGAAAAAAAUAAAGGAAACAAAGAAAUUGUCUCGAGGCAUGCAAAUUGCAAUCUGAAUUUGGAUGCUGCAGGCUGCAAGGCUGGAAAUAUAAUGUGCUCCAGUCUAGUUGAAGCAAGUGAUCCUUCUCAUUUGGAGAUAAUGGAUUGCGAUAUUUGCUGUAUUGAGCCCCUUUUCUGCCGUGACUGUUGCUGUAUCCUUUGCUCAGUGAGAAUCGAUUCAGCAGAUGGCGAUAAUAAAAGCUUCAUCAGAUGUGAAGCCAGGGUCAAAGAUGGGUUUAUUUGUGGACACAUAUGCCACAUAGAAUGUGCCCUCCGUUCUUACAUGGCUGGGACUGUAGGAGGAAUCAUUGGUCUAGAUGCCGAGUAUUACUGCAGACGCUGUGAUGCAAGGACAGAUUUGAUUCCUCAUGUCAAAAUUCUUCUCCAGAGCUGUGAAUCUAUUCAUUCUGGUGAAAAUAUUCAUAAAAUACUUAAUCUUUGUGUUAUUAUAUUGCGAGGAUCGACUAAACCAAGUGCAAAGGCUCUUUUGCAUCAUGUUCAAUCUGCUGUUGGAAAGCUUAAGGAAGGGAAUUCUCAAGAAGAUAUAUGGAAACGGGAAGACACAUCAGCUGGCACUACAGGAGAACUCUCCCAGUGCGAAACCGACACAUUAGAAGAUUCUAACUUCAAGGAGCGCAAGACAGGUUCACCCCAGAUUGCCAAUUUCGAUUAUCGAAUAGAAUCGUUAGAACUUGAGGAGAGGAUCGAGAAGACACUGGCUGCACUGAAGAAGUCUCAGGAAGGUGAGUAUAGGAUUGCUGAAGAUGUCCUCAUUGCUCAAAAAAACCAUCUUUUACUUCUUUAUGAAGAGCUGGACAAAGAGAAAGGUGAACUUGCCAAAUGCUCCCCUUCAGCCGACCCAUCCAUGGUUCAUGCGGUUCUCAAGAGAAUGACUCAGAUCAAAAACGAGGCAGAUAAGAUCACUAAAAUGCAAGCAGUCGGUAAAGGAUUUGGCAAAACUUCUAAACAUGUUUUGAAAGAGCACUUUGGUGUGCAGCCGGAUAACUGAGAGCCCGAUGCUAGCCAAAAUUUUGUCAAGCAGUUGCUGUUGUGAGUCUUUCGAGUUUGUAAGUUAAUGUAAUGGUCAAUUUUCCAACCAAAGAUGUGAAUUUUCUUCUUCUUGUUGUAUGCUCGAAAUACUGAGCAAUGGAUGUAUUGGUAAAGGGUUAUACAAAAGGAUCAGUUCUUGAAGUUGCA